AUGCUAUCAUUUAGAACAGCAGGCUAUAAUGGAUAUGGGGUUCAAUAUUCGCCAUUCUUCGAUAAUAAGUUAGCGGUAGCUACUUCCGCUAAUUAUGGGUUGGUGGGGAAUGGGAGACUAUUCAUAUUAGGAAUUGAACCUAAUGGAUCUAUUGGCAACCCAAUUUCUUGGGAGACACAGGAUGGAUUAUUUGAUGUUGCAUGGAGUGAGAUUCAUGAAAAUCAAGUAGUUGCAGCAAGUGGAGACGGCUCAAUCAAGAUAUUCGAUAUCACUGUACCUAAUUUUCCAGUGAUGAACUAUAGAGAACAUACAAAAGAAGUUUUUUCCGUUAAUUGGAACUUGGUAGAUAAAAGUAACUUUGUAUCUGCUUCAUGGGAUGGGACAAUGAAGAUAUGGUCGCCCCAAAGACAAGAAUCCUUACUUACGUUGAGUCCGAAGGUAGAUUAUACGACUAAAACUUCGCCUGUCGCUCAAACGGCCAAACCUCCAUUAUCACACCAGCAACAGCAUCAACAGCUUAACACUACAAAUUGUAUAUAUAAUGCAUCCUUCUCACCUCAUUCUCCUUCCACGAUUAUUAGUUGCAAUGGGUCUUCACAUGUACAAGUAUGGGACAUAAGAUCACCUCAUCCAUUACAGUUGGAUUAUAUUGCACAUGGUGGAUUGGAGGCUUUAAGUUGUGAUUGGAAUAAAUACAAAUCAACUAUAGUCGCAUCCGCUGGAACUGAUAAAUCAAUCAGAAUUUGGGAUUUAAGAAUGAUAACUGGUAUUGACCAUCCAAACUCCAACAGUCCAAUGCCUGCAUAUCAUACUAUAGGUCCAACCCCGUUAAAUCAACUUUUGGGCCAUGAAUUUGCUGUGAGAAAGGUAUUGUGGUCCCCUCACAGUGGUCAAGAAUUAAUGAGUGCUUCUUAUGAUAUGACGUGUAGAGUAUGGAACGAUCAAUCUAACGAAAAAGCGAGGUUUUUGAAUACUCCGAAUGGUGGUUGUACUGGCGUUAUGGGAAGACAUAAGGAAUUCGCUAUAGGGUGCGACUAUAGUUUGUGGGGUGAACCAGGAUGGGCCGCAUCGACUGGUUGGGAUGAAAUGGUUUAUAUAUGGGAUUCUAAGAGAUUGGCCUGA